AUGACCCGAGACAACGUCAACAGCAACGACCAUCACUCUCCCACCGCCGCCUCGUCUAUGUACACACCAAUCACCGCCGCUGCGCGUCACGCCCGCAGUCGCCAAUCAGCCACAAACCGCUUCAGCUGCUCCGCCCGCCACGCGCCCGAUGCGACACGCGGCUACAACGCGCCCACAGCGUCGCCGCCCACUUCACCUGCCGCCCCAGCGACGCGCCAGUCGCUGCUCACUCACGACGCGCUCUGGGGCUUUGAUGAUGCGCUGGCGCAGUCGCUACGAGCGCUGACGUGCGCCCCGAGCAGCGCUGACGUCGCGCAGCUGUCGGGUAGUGAUGCAGCCAUGGAGAAACGACCGCGCAGCUUCUCGGACUACGCGGUGCUGAGUGGCGCGUCGUGCUGGCGGGCGCACGGCGAGCGGAGUGAGCUCGGGGCGCUCUGGGACGCCAUGAGGACGGACUGUACAUCGCGUCACGUUGUCGUGCGCUGCGGCGCAGGGACGUGGGACGCUGUCGACGUUCGCCGCGUCGUGGAUCGACUGAACCAGAACUUUGGGAGUGUAGCCAGGACGUGUCGCGAGCUAACGGCGCACGGACUGCUCUUUUGCACCUUCUUUGAUCUUGCCAGUGCCGUGGCUGCCGUCGACUGCUGGCGCGCGGACGUGGACGUCAUCAGCUUUUGCCUGCCAUAUGAGCUUCCGGAGGAUAUCAACUCGGCCGCGUUGCUCGUGCGUUUUACGCUCAGUGCCGAGCCGCAUGUGACAGCCUCGGACGUACGGCAGGUGUGCACGUGUUUUGGCCCCGUGGCAAGUGUGUUGCCGUGCGAUUCGCAGGGCACCAAGUACGUCGUUGAAUACAGCGAUUCGCGCGCGCUGCCCGCCGCUCUAAACGGGCUGCACCGUGCGUUCAACACCAGCGGGUCGGUGUCUGUAGCUCGCACAACACCUCCGACUUUGGACGUUCUCAAGCUGAAACUCUUCCAGGAGUGCUUGAAUUGGGCGUCGACAACACACCCUCGAGUGACCAGAGCUCGCCCGAAGAGUUUCUCCUCGAGUACAGCGUCGAUUCUGACCUCGCCUACGUCGUCCGUCGCGUCGUCGCUCAACGCGUCCUGUAUGGAUACUGCAAGCACCAAGAGCCCCCCAAUGACAACGUGUACUUCAGCUGAGCUCUCUAGUGCCAGAGAUGUAACUUCUCCUAUGCUCAUGCCUCAGACUGAGCAGCAUAUUUGGGCGCGACCAGCGCCGCGGUGCAGGAGUAAUUCUUCGUCUUCGUAUCGUGGUGGCUCUCUGGCAUCGGGUAGAUUUGACGGGCCUCAAGCGCAUUGCGAGAGGUUCACGAUUUCAUCCCCAUGUGGCACCGGCGAUCAUGCACAUGAACACACAUUCUUUCAGGAUGCUCACCGAUUUCAACCCUUGAACAGUACGACGUUUCCUUUGACUGCAAAGCAGCAAGGGUAUCAGCAGCAGCAUGAAGCCUACUCGGAUCGUCGAGGGAGAGAGCGCGCACGGACCAUGUCCGUCCCGAUGAGAAGCGGCUUUGAUAGCUGCGAGCCUUUUUAUCAACCCGGCGUAGCACACAAUGGUGUACACGUUAGUUUUCACGGUGGUACCGCUGUGACGCGGUCAUCAAUCGGGCGCCAUGACCAAGGUACAGGCGAAUUCAGCUUAUCGAUUGAAAAGGUCGCCUCGGGUGAAGAUAAAAGGACAACUCUGAUGAUCCGCAAUAUACCAAACAAGUACACACAGCAGAUGCUGCUCACAGAAAUCAAUCGCAACCACCGCGGUGGCUACGACUUUUUCUACCUGCCCAUUGAUUUUAAGAACAAGUGCAACAUGGGCUACGCCUUCAUCAACUUCAUCGAGGCGGCACACAUCAAGGCAUUUCAUCAGGAGUUCGAUGGCCAAAAGUGGACAAAUUUCAACAGCGAAAAAGUUUGUGCCAUCUCGUAUGCAAGAUUGCAAGGCAAGCAGGCGAUGAUUGCGCGUUUCCAGAAUUCGAGCUUGCUCGAAAAACACGAAUCCUACCGGCCACUCGUUUUUGGCAGCUUUGGUUCGAAUCGUGGUAAACCUGAGCCGUUCCCAACCGCUAAGCCGAUUGCUCAAAGAAGACAGUCAAUGUGUACCCAUUCGCCAGGAAUGUUCAAAGGUGAUGAUUACGGCAACUACAUAGCGCAUCAAAUGUAUUCACAGCAGCAGCCAUCCCAUGAAUCGCAGCAUGUGCGGUACCAGCAUCCACUUGCCGCAUAUCCUCAGGGACUUGUGGACACGCUGCAGUAUGCCAUGCCUCCGCUCCCGACAGCUAACUGGUGUCACGUUAAUAUGCAGACACUGCCGCUGCAGUACGUUCCUUCGUACCAGCAAAACAACUCCCAACUGAUGUCGCCAAUUUUGUACAGGGUGGCCGAGAUACCGUCAAACUCGCUGGAUCACACGCGUUAA